UCCAUUUUAGCUGACCAAACAUUAUUUUAUAAAAUGGUACAGCAGGAAGCGGUGAUCGUAAGAAACGCUGUAAAGAGUUAUGGGAAAGAGUUAGUUUUCGACGGCUUGAAUAUGACUGUACCAACGAAUUCCAUAUACGGAUUGUUGGGACCUAGCGGAUGUGGUAAAACUACACUAAUAUCUUGCAUUGUCGGAAUUCGGCAUCUUGAUAGUGGAAAAAUAUGGGUCUUGGGAGGAAAUCCGGGCAGCAAGGACUCUGGCAUCUCUGGACCUCGAGUAGGUUACAUGCCGCAAGAGAUUUCCUUGGUUGGAGAGUUUUCCGUGAGAAGUGCCCUCUACUAUUUUGGUAGAAUCAACGGUCUCGACGAUGAGGAAAUCGAGACGAGACUGAGAUUUUUCUCGGAGUUGCUUCAACUACCUCCAUAUAAUCAUCUGGUGAAGAACAUGAGUGGAGGAGAGCAAAGAAGGGUUUCCUUUGUCGCCGCAUUGAUCCACAAGCCCGAACUUAUAAUCCUUGAUGAACCCACUGUGGGUAUGGAUCCAAUUUUAAGAGAGAAAAUUUGGUCCUAUCUGAUCCAAAUUACUCAGGAGGAAAAUACCACAGUGCUGAUCACGACACACUACAUUGACGAAACUAAAGAUGCUAAUAAAAUUGGAUUGAUGAGAUAUGGUAAAUUGUUAGCAGAAUCAGCGCCGCAGAAAUUGCUGGAGCAAUUUCAAUGUUCUUUCUUAGAAGAGGCCUUUCUGAAGUUAUGUAAUAUCCAAGAUAAUACAGUCACUUUAAAUGAAGCUCGGAGAUCUGAAGUGAAAGAUACCGACAAUGACUUCUUAUAUCAGGACCAAAAUCAAUGUGAAACAACUGAUGCAAUCUCAAAGUAUGAAGUGGUUUCGGAACAUCAAGUUUCGCGAGUGAAAAGGUUCAAAGCUCUGUUGACGAAGAAUGGCAUUCAAUUUUUGCUUUGUUAUGAAGUACUAGUUUUUGCAAUAGUAUUUCCGAUAAUUGAAAUUGGCUCAUUUAUUUUUGGAAUUGGUGGUGAUCCGAAAAAUUUAAAGAUUGGCGUUGUCAACGACGAAGUCGAUAACUGCAAUUUCGACAGUAACAUUGGCAAUGUUUGGAGUGACGAAAUCACUUGUCAUUUUAGUAACCUCAGCUGUAGAUUUUUGCACAAUUUUGACAACUCUAUCGCUACACAGGAAUAUUAUAACAUUUCCGAGGCAAGACAAGCUGUACAAAAUUCAGAACUCAAUGGUUUACUAUAUUUUAGUCAAAAUUUUUCCGAAGCUUGGCAGAUACGAAUGGAAAAAUCAUUUUCCACGAAACAUUACGAUAUACUCGCCAGCCAGAUUCAAGUUUUCCUCGAUAUGGGAGAUAUGCAAAUUGGACGUUUUAUGCAGCAGAAAUUAUUCCAUCGUUUCUUAGAAUUUUAUGAGGAUAUCAUGAAAGACUGCAAAUAUUCGUCAAAGUUGGCCAGUCUGCCCAUCCGAUUUGAAGAACCCAUUUACGGUACGAUCGAUUUCAAUUUUUCAAAUUACAUGGCACCAACGUUCAUAUUAUGUCUUAGCUUCUUUUUAGCCCUCACACUUUCUGUCUCUAUAAUAAUUACAGAUCGGAUGGAGGGUGUCUGGUAUCGUAGUAUAGUUCAAGGUGUCAAAGCAGAAGAAAUUCUACUGUCUCACGUUCUUGUUCAGAAUAUCAUUAUCAUUACCCAUACUGUUGUGAUAAUGCUUUUAUUAUUUCCUAUAUGGGGUCUAGAAUGUAAAGGACCGAUAUUUACUGUAAUGGUCUUGAUAUUUCUAACGGGUUUUUGUGGACUAAUGUACGGUUUUCUUAUUUCUGUUACGUGCAAUGAUUACUUUACAGCGCAUAUCGUUACGACCGGAAGUUUUGUGCUGUUACUAAUGCUCAACGGAAUUUUUUGGCCAGUCGAGGGAAUACCAAGUGUGCUUCGCUGGUUUAGCUAUGCAUCGCCACUUACCUUGCCCUCUUUAUCAAUGAGAGGAAUCAUCUACAAAGGAUAUUCCAUAUCUGAGCCAGAAGUUUAUAUUGGCUUUUUAAUCAAUGUUGCGUGGUUAUUAUUAUUUUUUAUCUUAACUAUACGCUUUAUAAGAUCGAAAUCCUUGUGA